GCUUGCCGUUGGUCUAGUGGUGGGAGUUAGAGUGACGAGAGGGGAAUACUCAGCCCCACUACUUUUACCCAGUUGUCUUGCUGGUGCAUUGCCUGCAUUGCCUACCACCCAGUGUCAAUAUGGCCGUAGUCUCGAGCGCAGUUUGGGGAUGGACGCUCGUUCGGUAGUUACUCACUCCAGUUUACCAAUUUUAGUUCAUUAUCAUUGGUUAUUUUUCAAAGUGAGGCACGUCAGUGUCUUAUGGGUAAACAGCCAACAUUGAUAUUUCAUAACCAUCGGUUUUAUGCUUCGAGAUAACAUGAGUGUGAUUAUGGAGCUGGCAGACAGUGGGGAAAAUUCAGUUGCGUUGAAAGGUAUGGAGAGCCGACCGUGGAUGGAAAAGUUCAAAGCAAUGUCACUGUUCAAUCGAUUUCGUCCCGGCGCUUUGAUCUCCUUAAUGACAUAUUACGCAAGAAACAUACAACCCAAUAUUAAUGAGUGUCAGGCGAGCCAACUCCAGGUGGAAAAAUUGAAGGAUUCUAUCAGUGAAACUCUACUCUUCUUUUUGUAUUGUUAUAGAGCUCAAGGAGAGACCUUCGAGGAAGCCGAACGUACGGCUUAUAUGGACACAAUGUCCGAUUUGUUGGCGAUGUACAUAGACAUGGAGUUGAAGGCAUCAAAGGGGAGCAGUGAAGCACAAACCAAUAUUUCAGCUCGACUAAUUUCGUACCUUUACAUUUACUUAGAUAAUUCACCUCAACACCUCAUGGAUACAUUUCUGAAAGUUCAAUUCCUGAGCUCCACUUAUCAUCAGAUUUUGGAUCCACUUAUAGAGAAAAUCCUUAAUAUGGUACCCGAGCAUCCCACCUGCGGUGUCAUGUACGUUCGAUAUUUCCUUAUCUAUCGCAUUUGGAAAAGAAUCAAUAAGGGUUCCCCGAUGAAGAAUGAUAUAACUUUGAGGGCGAAGAAGUCUCUGCAUUUCUCACCCUCUGGAUUACCCGAUUAUCUUGUUGAUAGUGUACUACCGAAAGUGCCAAAUACCCAAAAAAUCACUACAGAGAUGUUAUUAACUCAGAAGUUUGAUUUGGAGAGAUCUGCGGAGAAUUUUCUUAAAUUCGUUAAAGAAUCAUGGAAACCCCAACUCGUCGACAGCAGUGAAAUCACCAAGCCUGAAGAAAAAUCGACCGUUAGUUCCAAUAUUAGCAAUCAAUCAAAUAAUAUUUUGGAUAAUUCAAUUCUAAAAUUAAAUUCCGAUAAAGUGUCACCAAAAACUAAAAUUUUACCCCGUAGAAUACCCAAGAAAUUAGGUGAAGUAGUUUUAAUCGAUUUAACAAGUGAGGAUACAAAUGGAGUAUUGAAACAGAAGAAGAAAUCUGGCAGAGGUUUGUCCUGGCUACAGGAGGUUGCAAAGAGAAAAAUAGCAAAUAAUGUCUCCAAGGAAGAUAGCACCACUGAAGAUUUCCACAAAUUGAAUUUAUCAUUAUUCCUGACAACAGAUGAAAUACAACCCAUUGCUAUUGAGGAGCAUCAAGAGACGGAGACAAGUGCACUUGAUAUCGACAGUCUGAGCUUGACAGAGAGGCCUGAAGCUGUUGAACUCGAGCCUUCUGAUCAAUUAAAUGUAUCAGAAACUGGCGAUAAUAUAAUUCCUUUAUUGCAGAAUCCCUCAGCAACAGCAACCGAUCAUGAUUGCAAAAUUACCGUGAAUAAUGAAACGAUUGAGAGUGAAAACAAAGUACAAAUAGAAGUUCACAAUGAGCUUGACGUAACGACUGAAAUUAACGAAUUAAAAUGUGAAGAUAAUAUAACGAAAAUAUUAGCGGAUGAAGUCGUUGAUGAUACUAAUUCUACAAGUACAAAUUUAGUUAUUGAAUCACAGAGAGAGACUGUACUUCAUAUUAAUCACAAAUUGAGGGAGAGACGGAGAGAGAUGCUUGACAUUUCACCGGAGAAAAUACGUGACGUUGAUAUUCCCGAGCAGCAUAUCGACGGCCUCUCAUUACUUGCCAUUGUAUCUCAAAGAGUAUCCCACUUGAGUACAACGCCUCCAAGUAAUGCAAAUCGUGAGAUUAUCAAAGUCAAAGAUUACAGGAGAUUAACGGAGGUGGUAAAUGGUAACGAGAUGUAUCAACCAAAUGACGCAAGUGAAUUACCAAGCAGUAUUGUUUCAAUAUACCCCAAUGAUCACAUCGAUGAAGUAGCAUUUCAAGUUGAAGUAUCAUCUGAGGAUGUUGGAAAAUUACCCAUUGAUGAGGAUAACGAGUGUCCAGGUACAUCAGCUGACAAUUUGAUCCAAUCAGAGAGGGAGGAGCCAAACGUCAUUCUGAGCGGUGAGACUGUGUUCCUUUAUCCAAAAUCUCCCAAUAGCAAUUUAUAUAUAAUAAACAAAGCAGUUGAAAAUCGGGAAGGUGAGGAGGUCAAUAAUUUGAGUGACAAAGUUAACUCAAUGGAGAGCAUUGACGAGGUAAAUUAUCCAUAUGAAAUUUACGAGAAGAUGUAUAGAAUUCCACAGUCAACAGUAUCUCAAACAUUUGACGAUCCCAGACGUGCACACAAGAUCAAAGUAAUUACCCCAAAUGAUCAUAAUCGACCUCUUGAUCUUCACAAACCCAGCAAUAAGAAGACAGCCAACAGCAUUGAAGGUAAAUCACCAACAAAACAUAGGAUAAGACAGGAAUGUAAUGGAUGUCCCUCUGAUCACGUCGAUCCACAUUCCAUUCAUAUUCAACCUACAACAUCCCUCUAUCAUCCUAACUAUCCCACUCCCGAAUUGUACAUCUCUUGCAGGCAAAAUUACAAUGGCGUUACCUGUACGAUUCCAGUCAAUCAUUCAGCCCCAACUAUACAUGCUCAUCAAACAUCAUCGAGAUGCGGACACUUAAACUAUCAUUAUGACAUUGUUCCUCAGUGUCAUAAAUGCAUUAUUCCACCGCCUGAGACACAAACGACGAGUGGAAUUGAUGGUGGUUAUUACAUUGGAAUUCAACCGUCCCCGGACCUGCAGAAUUGCAGUCUCGAGACAGAGCAGGAGACUGAUGUCAAGCCAUUCGAUGAAAAACCCAUGUGUAAGAUUGAAAUGAAUAAUGAAAUUGACAAUAAGAUGGAGGGAACAUUGAUAAAGACAGAUGUCAAUAAUAAGUUGCCUUUGAAGAAGCGAUACUGUCUCAUGCCUCCAGGCUUUGAGGAUACGAAUGUCAAGACAGAGAUGUGUAUUGAUAGCUAUGAGAACAUGCCCAUGAUGUCCAUAGCAGCACUGGAGUCCACUAAUAACAUCAAAUUAUCCCCUGAAUCGACUAGACAACAGAUUGAAUCCAAUGAAAUAAUCACACAUGAAUACCAGGAAAAUUUACCCAAUGGAUGUCACCCCAAUGACUAUCGUAAACGAAAGCAAUGCGACGCAAGUACAUCAGUGCCAACGAAAUCACGUAAGACGACGAGUACGGAGAGUGGACAAUUACCGGGGCCUUCGAAGAAAGUUCAGGAGCCAAAGUCUCCAGCUGAAAAUUCAAAGAGACAGACGAGACUGUCACUGAGAAAAGCACCUAAAGUUAAUUACUGCGAUGAUCAUAAUGAGACCGAAAGAAAUCCGUCCUCUGCAUCAAAGCGUAAGCGCAAGAGUAAAACACGAUGAUCAGUCAAAGUGUCACUUGUCACCUGUCUCAUUAUAUCCUCAAUAAUUACAAUUUAAUAAACAAAGAAAGCAGAGGGGGUAGGAAGAGAGCGAGAGAGGGAGAGAGAGAGAUUGACAUAAUAAUAAAUACCUGACCGUUCGACAGGCUGUGGUAUUUUAACAAUUAACUGUAAAUAAAUUAUUAACGUCAUUGCGUGUACAUAAUAAUUAAGAUCAAUGGUAGAUUGAUUUUUAUUAGAUAAAUUAAUUAUACGUGACAGAUGCUACGUGGAAAAUUGAACAUCACUUGAAGAUUUCGACCUGCUUGAAGAUUACAAUUGUUUUACUGUUGCUGUUGGGGAAGAAGAAAAAGAAACUGGUGAUUUUUUUUUCUUUUGUUGAAUUAUUCUCGCUGGAAACGAGAAUACAGUACAUCGAUGCUGUAGCAUCGAUACACCACUGGUUGUGCAGCUGUUACAGCGGGAGCAUACCGAACCGUAUCAAUAUAAAAACUAGCGCCAAUAUCAGAAUUUCUGCCAUAUAAAUAAUUCACCGACCAAGAUACAACAGAAAUUAAAGUGAAAAAAAAAAGCUAAGAAAAUUGACAGAACCAAGUAGAACCUGACUAUUUUUUCGAUGAGCCAAAUGGAAAAAGAUUCAUAAUCAAAAUCCAAGUGAAAGGACCCUAGUCAAUGGAUAAUGCAUGUUUACCGUGGUUUGAUCACUCCGAAUUUUUACAUUUUAUUUAUCAAUUUGCCUGAUGUCUUCCCCUGAUUCAGACGGGCGUAACUAAUUACCUCCAUUCAAUUUAUUAUUUUCAUCACCUUGAAUAUAUACUUUCAAGAUUUUUUAAAGUUAGUUUUUAGUUAAACCUGUUAAAAUGAAAGACUGAGAAAUAACACGCUGCUGAUUGCAUAUUAUUCAAAUCGAUUUAUAGAAAAAAAGCAGUCAAGUGUAAUGGAUGAUUUCUAGUAUUAGAGAAUCUUCCUGAUCUCCCAAUAAUUGACCACUCACUUCUCUUGUCAAUAUCCUGAGUUAUCCAGAGAUCACGUCUUCGGGAGUUUUACCUGAUACCUGAUAUUCAAAACUGUGAUUAACGAUAUUCAGUUCAAUAAUUUUUUCAUGUUUGAAUUGUAUGUGCCAUUCUCGACAGUUACCCAUGUUUGCCAAACAGAUUUAUGAAGAAUAGAUAAUUAAUAAUAACCCACAUUGUAAACCGAUUAGGAGCUGAUAAUUUUCGUAUAGGAGGAGAAUCACGCCAAAUUCCCAGGUCAGAAUUGUGUCCCGGCUUUUUGAGUGAUUAAUUAGCAGAGAUCUUUUUCUUAUCUACGACGGAGCGAUAUGAUAGUUUGAAAUCCUGCAGAAAUAUCGAAGUCCGGGCAAAAACAAAAACUUUCAAGCCAAUUGUAAAUAGUUUCCCAUUUUUUUUUCAAUCUACUCACCAGGUUUUUAUCAACAAAGUUGAGACAAAGUCCUGAGCAUAAACUGUUUUGUCCUGUUAUUCGGUGUGAAUCUGCUCAUAAUUUGAAUCGAUAAUUUAUUCUGAUCCUCGAUUUCUUCCAACAAAUGUAUCCACUACGUAAUUACUUUUAAUUGAAUGUUAAUACUUAUUAUGUUAUUGCGAUUUAUUUUACACAAGUCUGAUAGGCAUAAGAAAAUGAAGUAUUAAAAAAAACCUCAGAGUGUGUACAAGUAUUCUAGAAAAAUGUGAGAAGUGAAUGUUUUAUUGCAAGACCAUUGUUUCUUUUCUUUCGUAAAAAACAGAAUAAAUGGAAUAUUUAAAGAGAAAAAAAAA